CUUUUCAUUCAGUUACGACUGGAGCCAUUGGAAAGGAUAUCAUCCACUCUAGACAGGGUAGAUAAUUCAGAUGUUGUCUGUGUUCUGUUUGCUCAUGUGAAAGCAUCUUCGAUAUAACGUGAAGGGAGCUUUUAUAACGGUCACUUGAAAUUCCUGAAUUUCUCUUAAUAUCUAACUUUUUGCUCAUCGUGAAAUUAUUUCCGGUAAAUUGAACAGUGAAUUUGUGGUACAUUGGGCUCUUACAGAACUAAAAGAUUUAAUUAUUUGAUUAAGAGUGUGGCAAACAUAAAUAUAUAUAUUUUUACUGUGCAAACAAGUGUUUAAUUUUAGUUCUCCGACAAUUUCUGUUAGAAGUGUAUAUUGGAGGUGAACGAUAACGGCCAAUAUUUGCAUCUCAUUUAUAUUUUUUUCUGUGUAUUUCUUAAUGGUUUACUAAGCAGAGGAUAUUGUCUUUGUUAUUCCCACGAAGGCAUCGAAUUAACGAUAAUAAAUUGACGUAAUCUCUAAAUCGAACUUGUGAGAAAAAUGAAAGCUGUCUUUGUGUUAUCCUUGUCGAUUAUCAUACUUAGAGCAAAGGCAUGGUCUUCCGUUAAGAAUCCUUUUGAGCUAAUGGUUCCACCAAUCAAAAUUCAUCCGAUAUCGGACUGUAUGCAUGUAACAACGGAGGAAGGAGAUUUCGUUUUCAAGAAGAUUCCGCAUCUUGGCAGAGCGGAAAAUGAAAAAGAAAUGAAUAUGGUCGAUGUCGAGAAUCCGAUGACUGUAUGUGGUCUUUACGUUGUUGGGCAGCCAGAUAAACUUGUAGAAAUUACGAUAAAGCAUCUCGACGUGAACUGCGAGUCAGGCGGAUUAAUGGCGUUUGUGGACGGAUGGGAGUUGAAUGGACAUUAUUUCCCAGGAGUGAAAGACCACCAUCGGUCGCUAAACAAUCGAGUUUCCGAAUUUUGCAAUGACCACAGUCAUUGGCCUGUUAUGUCCUAUAAAAAGACUUUCCGAUCCAGCCAGAAUGCCGCGCUUUUACAGUAUCGGAUACCUAUCCGCGGGUCCUUUAUAGCUAACGUACAUUUUCGAACCAUCCCUGAACCUUGUAAUAUUAUGGUCGAGGAUGUUUCCUCUUAUUACACAUUGAGAAAUUACGGUCGUCGCGGGAAUUGUACAUUAACGGCAUUGUUUCCGGCGGUGGUUUCACUUGUUAGCAUCAACGUAGGUGGGAAGCCCGAAUCAGAAAAAGUUGAUUACGAGUGUGAUUCAAUGGAAGAUCGAUUGGAUGUUGGUGGUACAGGUGGGCUUGACUCAUAUGACAUGGAACGGUCAACAUACAUUUGCGGUCAUACAAAAAAACCAGGCCCAGAACAAGCAAUUUUCUGUGGAAUAACAUCGGUGCGCCUAAUGUCUAGUGGUAAAUAUCACAACGAAGCUGUCUUGCUUGUCCGGCAAGCUGACGAAAACGACUUGGAACUAGCGUCGUUAAUUUGUCCUUUGUAAAGUUACCACCUAUGUACAUUAAAAUUAAAUUCACGAGAGAAAAUAAUAUGAAAUUUGUUGAAGAACAUAUGGAUGAAACAAUAAUUGGAAAGAAUAUAGUCAACAUAACCAUUGUAUCUUUUACAUACAAGUAUACACAACCAACCUGGGGAAAAAACUCUAGCUUCAUUGUAACCAUUCCUACAUACAUACAAUCUGUUAAAUAUCUUGUGUAAAAUAAUAAAUAUAAUAAAAUAAUAUAAAUGUA